AUGAUGAUGAUGAUGAUGAUGAUGAUGAUGAUGAUGAUGAUGAUGAUGAUGAUGAUGAUGAUGAUGAUGAUGAUGAUGAUGAUGAUGAUGAUGAUGAUGAUGAUGAUGAUGAUGAUGAUGAUGAUGAUGAUGAUGAUGAUGAUGAUGAUGAUGAUGAUGAUGAUGAUGAUGAUGAUGAUGAUGAUGAUGAUGAUGAUGAUGAUGAUGAUGAUGAUGAUGAUGAUGAUGAUGAUGAUGAUGAUGAUGAUGAUGAUGAUGAUGAUGAUGAUGAUGAUGAUGAUGAUGAUGAUGAUGAUGAUGAUGAUGAUGAUGAUGAUGAUGAUGAUGAUGAUGAUGAUGAUGAUGAUGAUGAUGAUGAUGAUGAUGAUGAUGAUGAUGAUGAUGAUGAUGAUGAUGAUGAUGAUGAUGAUGAUGAUGAUGAUGAUGAUGAUGAUGAUGAUGAUGAUGAUGAUGAUGAUGAUGAUGAUGAUGAUGAUGAUGAUGAUGAUGAUGAUGAUGAUGAUGAUGAUGAUGAUGAUGAUGAUGAUGAUGAUGAUGAUGAUGAUGAUGAUGAUGAUGAUGAUGAUGAUGAUGAUGAUGAUGAUGAUGAUGAUGAUGAUGAUGAUGAUGAUGAUGAUGAUGAUGAUGAUGAUGAUGAUGAUGAUGAUGAUGAUGAUGAUGAUGAUGAUGAUGAUGAUGAUGAUGAUGAUGAUGAUGAUGAUGAUGAUGAUGAUGAUGAUGAUGAUGAUGAUGAUGAUGAUGAUGAUGAUGAUGAUGAUGAUGAUGAUGAUGGGAUAUAAAUGA